AUGACGGGUGUGGUGAGGCUGCUGCUAAAAGGGACGGCCUAUGUUAUUGUUGAUAAUCUUAUUGAGUUGGUUUAUAAUUGUAAAUUGCGAGUCAAUAUUACAAAUUGUGCCAACCCCUCCCACAACCUACACCCGGUAUCCGACAACAACAACCCCCUACCCAACAACCUACACGCGGUAUCCGACAACAACAACCCCCUACCCAACAACCUACACGCGGUAUCCGACAACAACAACCCCCUACCCAACAACCUACACGCGGUAUCC